AAGAAGUAAACAAUGAAUUAUUAUAUUUAUUUCGUGAUUAUUGCUAGUUUUAAGUUUUUCACUCAUUAUCUCAAUGUCAUUGAGGUAUUUAUCGACAGAGAUUUGCCUGAGGACAUUAUCUAUGAUUACAUCAUUGUUGGAUCUGGAAGCAGCGGAGGUGUGAUUGCAUCUAAUUUGAAAGGCAAUGUCUUAUUAAUUGAGGCUGGUGGAUAUGGAUCAGGUUUUUUCUUUAACAUUCCAAUUGUUCAGCCACUGUUACUUCGUUCUGAUUAUGACUGGAAGCACGAAACAGUUCCUCAAACUAAUUCAUGUAAAGGAAUGAAUGAUAACACAUGCUUCUGGCCAACUGGCAAGAUUAUAUCAGGAACUCAUCGAUUGAAUAACAUGAUUUAUCAUAAAGGACAUCCAAUUGACUAUGCUGACUUCUUUAAGGACAUUAAUGAUGCUAAGAAGUACUUUAGAAUGAAUGAAAAAUCGAUUCCAGUAAGUGAGACUAAUUUCAAGUCCGCAGUGUCUCAUGCAUUCAUUAAAGCUGGAAAAAUUCUUGGAUUUGAUGACUUUAGUCACGUCAAUCUAACGCAGCUUUAUGGGAAGAGAUUUACUCAGAUCUACAAUUGGUGGAAGAAGAUAUUGGAACCACCAAAAGUCAUCCUCAAUGCCAUGGUCACAAAAGUGCUGUUUGCAGGAAAUCAGAAAAUAGUCACAGGAAUUGAAUUCAUUAAGAAUGACCAGUUACAUGAAGUUUUUGGAAAGAAGAUUGUUCUCUCAGCUGGAACUAUGGGAAGUCCUAGAAUUCUAUUACAUUCCGGGAUUGGACCAAAAGAUCAUUUAAAUGAAAUUGGCAUCAAUGUUGUAGAAGAUCUUCAAGUUGGUGAAAAUCUUCAGGAUCACGUGACAACAAACAUUGAGAUUUUAUUAAACCAGACUGUUGGAUGUUCCUUAAAAGACAUCUACAAUCCACUUAAUGUUAUUGACUAUUUGUUUAAAGGAAAUGGGCCUUUAGCAUUAGCUGGAUCUGAUGCUAUGGGAUUUGUGGGAUUUAAUGCUUCGAGUGACAUUCCAGACAUAAGUUUCAUAUUAUUGCCAAUUAGCAUAGCUGACGAUCAUGGAUUGCAUUUAAGGAAGGCAAUUAACAUUAAAGAUGUGGUUUGGAACCGAUAUUAUGUGCCAUUAAUUGACCAGCCAAUUGCAACAAUCCUUCCAAUUCUUUUACAUCCACAAAGUAAAGGAAAUUUGCGAUUAAGAAGCAGGAACAUCUCAGAUACACUUCUAAUCAAUCCAAACUAUUAUAAUGCACAAAAAGACAUCAAAAGCAUGAUUAAAGCCAUUCGAAUAAUCCAAAAGCUCAUCGAGGCACCGCCAAUGAGGCAAUUAGGUGCUGAAUUGAUACCAAAGAAGCUACCAGGCUGUGAAAAUCAUAAUGAUAAUUCAGAUGGAUAUUGGGAAUGCUACAUAAGACAUUUGACACUGACUAUGUACCAUCCUGUUGGUACUUGUAAGCUUGGAGAUUAUGAAGACAAGACUUCUGUAGUUUUAAGGAACUUUCAAGUUAAAAAUGUUAAAAAUUUGUAUGUUGUGGAUGGGUCAAUAAUCCCUAAAGCAAGCAGUGCUAAUCCCCAUGCAUUAAUUUCAAUGUUAGCCCAUAAGUUUACACAUGAAAUGAAUUUGAUUAAUGAUGCAGAUGAGUAAAGUGUUAUUUACACGAUUUCUUGUUAAAUAAUUAAAGAUAAAUUUAGAAUUCUGUUGAGUUCAUUAAGUGCAUGUGGCUAGAAAAUUGACUCAAUAUUUGUACAUGGAAUCACUUUAUUGUGGUUAGUUUUGAAUGUGUAGCGUGACACAUGUGUGAUUGAGAUAAAUUACCAAAGAAUUGCAUAUUUAAAUUUAAUUUUCAAAAGUUCAACGGAAUUUCGGGAUUUGAAUUUCUUGCGUCAAAUGAAGCGAGAUUUUGAAUCCAAAAAGUCCGCUGAAAAUUCAAAAAAAAAUCGCAUCAGUUGAAGCGAAAAUUUCAAAUUUAAACAUUCCGUUUUAAAUUUACAUACGAUCAAUUACAUUAGUCAUGACUAUUUAAAUAAAAAUUCUAAUUUAAUAAAUGCUCAAAGACUGUUGUUCAUG